CUCGAAAAUAGUUCAUUUUUAUACUUGAACAGAAAAGUAUAUUCAACAACAUCAAAUAGCGAAUUCUCGAAUUGAAUAUGAAUCGAUUAGCAAACUCUAUUCAAUUUGCACAUGAAAUUUCAAGUAUAUUCGCAGACCUCUACUCAUGAGACUGCUCUUUUCUUCAACUUUCUGAAAUACCAGCAGCUUUUCGUCCACAUUUCUAUGCACUAAUGAACAUGAUGGCCAUUGGCUGAAUUUUGUAACAUAUCAAUGACUAAACAGUGCCUGUGAGAGAAGCAAAAAAAGUUUUAUCUAUGAUAAGGCAGUGGCCCCAUCUGGUGCCAGAGAAUGAUGGCACUAUGUUGACACCAUAGCCUAUGAGAUUGGGUGGCACCAUCACCUGAAGUCACACUUCAGUGUUCAUGCAGAUUGGGGGAUAGAAUGUGGCAGGCAAAAUUUCCUAUUGGCAUAGUGGCACAGCUUCGAAUGCUGCUUCAGAUGAUAAAAAUGAGAGGAAGGCAACGAGUACAUGGCAAUCAUUUAAUCGCUGAUAGCUAUACUAGUAGGAGGCAUAUUGUUUAAGAAGACUAAGGAGAUUUUGCGUAUAAUUCCAAACAAUCGUAAUGACACUGCUCAACUUUGUGGGAAUGCUAGAAUUCCUUGACCCCUGAUUCGUGACCCGUUUCCCUACAUUAUACAGAUGUGACAGUGGAAGUCGGAGUUAAUGUUGCGCAACUGUGAUGGGAGAUGGUGUGACUGUGCUGACGCGAGCACCACCUGACAGUGUGGAUAACAUGGGUGUGCGAGGAACUUGAUUCCAACCAUUUGGCUAUGGGAUGUUGGCACGUACGGACCAGCCACGCACUUGUUGGUGCUCUUUUGCAGGAUAGUUCCAUGGAAGGUUCCUCUUUUGGCUUUGGAGUGCAGCGUCAACGUGAGCGAACACAAUCGUUCAGACGUCCUUCCAUUCCAAGGCUGUACCCGCGAAUAACUUAGGUGGCAGUGUCACACAUGGGUGAACAUUCACUUGGUAACCUUGCAUUGCGAGCCAAAUUUAUUCUAUUCCUCAGUGUGUGUCAUUGAGGAACUAUUCCUUGUAUGUAUUUCGUCUAGCUGGCAUUGUUAUACAAGGAGUAAUAAAUACCAUUUUUAUGUGUUUGCACCACUCUGUGCUGUGCUCUUUGUUAGAGCACUUCAGACACAAAGAGGCAAGAUGUGCACCUGAUGUGUACUUCCCAUCCUGUAUGCUUGCGCUGCACAUUGAAAUUUAUGAUAAAUCAACUCCUCAAAGGGCCCUUCACCAGGUUUAGCCAUCUUAGACUGACAAGCACAGUGCAUACAAUGUGCGAUAAUGAUCAUGCCUGCAAAGUAUUACGCUGCUACGCACCACAAAAAUACCUGAAAUUCCGAAAUAAAUGUUGUACGCCCUUCUACUCGUGGGUGCCACGCUCCCAGCUGGAGAUUUGCACAAUCGCACAAGUGUCUAUGUAAAUGGCAGUGCUGUGACGCCACUCACAGUGACGCGUGAUUUCGAGAAUUAUUCAAAGCAACAUCAGUUAUUUGCUUGAUCUGUUGCUUCAACAGAUGAUUUAAAAGAUUAGAGAAAUAAAAUUUACAAACCGAAUGUCUGCGAGUCUUUGUUUUACUCCAUGCUGUAGCAACAGGUACGUACUUCGUUUCGUCUGCUUGUUCCCACUUCGUGCAGUUGCAUGCACAGAAAACGAAAACAUUUCCGAUUUCCUACUGGGUUCCAGUGCAUAAUCGUGUUCUUUGAUCCGUUUUCCUCUGCCUCAGUGCUUGCGUAGCACUGACUUAUACCACUAGUCACGUGUUCUCGUGCACAGUGUGCAAAAUCGUGUGCUGCACAAAACAACACAAACACAACAGCUUGCGUGCAAGACUCUCAGCAGAAGUGCACCACAUAGCAAAAACGUGUGGCAAAAAAGUUAUGCAGAUCCCAUGCACUGUGGGCAUCAAUGUAAGCGAAGCUUUCUCUGCUGUUUGCUUUUAUUGACAAUAAUUAGUGGUGAUGCUGACGGCAAAUGUCCAAUUUUUUCAAUGUUUUGUCAACACGAGAGUGUGGAGUCGACGUUAAACGUUACCUUGCGUGUACCACUGUUGUUUGUCUGCAUAGUAAACAAAACACAAAGGGAGAGGUGUUUGCUUGAGGUGUUGUGCACCAUAUUUCAUAACCUCUGAGAGGGUUGAGCAUUGUCAUUGCCUCCCAUGGCACAUUGAAUUGUGGCAGGAGCAUUAAACCUGAAUUGGAUUAUAGGGCUGUAUGUGCCAAAACCACAAUCGGAUUAUGAGGCAGGCUAUAGUGGCACACUCUGUAUUAAUUUUGGCACCAUGUUGUUCUUUAACCCAUACGCAUCAAAAGACGGCGAUUCGCCGUCCGGUGGAGAAAGGGCCGAAGUAGCAAAAGACGGCGAAACGCCGUCCGACUGAAAACCGCUAGUUAGCGCAAUAAAUAAGAGAUGGCGCCACAUGAAAGUGUUUUCUGGUUUUUGUUUACUACUUUUUACACCAGGUAGAGAUAGUUGUCUGCAAGAUUCUAAAAUAUUUACAAGGAGAAAAGCAUUUUCCAAGCCCGCGUUUCUGAAUCGAACAUGGCGACGCGGCGAGGCAAGCCUCUCACGCUGGCAGAGAUUGAAUCGGUUUUAUUUGCGAGUGAUGAUGACGACAGCGACGACACUGUAGUUGUAGAUGACCUGCAAAGCAGCGAUUCUGAAAGUGACUCGUCCGACGAGGAUGUAGGCUCUGACGCCGAGUCAAACUCAUCAGAUGUGGAUUGCGCACCGCCUGCAAAAGCACCGAAGUUAGAAGACUGGAAGUGGAAUCCAACUGACAGCGACAAGAAAGUGGAAAAGUGUUUGUUCAGUGGGAAUUCAGGAAUGAAGAGAACUGUUCAGUUAGCCCUCUCUGCAAAUCCGACAGCUUUGACGUCGUUCAACUGCUUGAUCGGCGAAGACUUCUGGCAGAUGAUCGCUGAUGAAUCGAACGCAUUUGCUGUUCUGAAACAGGCUUCAGCGCCCGAUCGGUCUUGGUUUCCCACAACACCAGGUGAGAUGAAGGUUUUCUUCGCCGUAUGUGUGCUUAUGGGCCAAGUCAAGAAAAACACGAUUCAGUCAUAUUGGGCACACAGAUCGGUAAUUAGCACACCGUUCUUCCCAUCCCUGAUGCCAAGGCAGCGUUAUCAAGCCCUUUGUAAAUACCUGCAUUUCUCGGACAGUAGCGGCCAAGCACAAGGGGAUAGGCUGUGGAAGCUGCGCUCAGUGUUAGCGAGUAUGUCUUGGAAGCUUUCUCCAGUUCCUACUAUCCAGAAGAGCAGUUGGCAGUGGAUGAGAGUCUCAUGAAGUUUCGAGGCAGACUCUGCUUUGUGCAGUUCAACCCGUCUAAGAGAGCACGCUUCGGCAUAAAAUUUUACAAGAUCUGCGAAUCUACCAGUGGAUACUGCCUCAAAUUUGCGAUAUACACCGGAAAGAGCGACAAGUCGCCUGCGACGGCUGGAAUGUUGUGCAGCGAGGCCGUUGUUAUUGAACUUGCAAGCGAGUACCUACCAAAUGGCCAUACCAUUUUUGUGGACAAUUGGUAUAGUUCUCCGUCCCUGUUUCUACGUGUCAAAGGUUCAGGAUCCAAUGCUGUUGGUACAGCGAGAUUGCACCGAAAAAACAUGCCGAAAGAUUUCAAGAAAUUGAACUUGCAACGGGGUGAGUGCUCUACUGUGUUUUCCCAUGGCAUCAUGGCUUCAAAAUGGCAGGACAAAAAACCAGUGACAAUGCUUUCCACUGUCCACGCUGCUGCAGACUUCACUGACUCGUGCAAAAAAAUAAGAGAUGGUCAACCGAUCCGGAAACCUCGUGUUGUGCUUGACUAUAAUACAGGCAUGGGAGGCGUUGACCGUCAUGAUCAGCAGCUGGCGUCCUUUCCUAUAAUGCGCAGAUACGCCAAAGGAUACAGAAAAAAUUUUUUUUAUGUUAUGGAUUUAGCUGUUUAUAACAGCUAUAUCUUGUUCCAAAAAGCAACCGGGAAAAAAAUGUCCUACACGGAUUGGAAGGUGGACCUUGACGAACAGAUCGUCGAAGAGACUGUUUUGCCAGGAUAUCAAUGCAGAGGGAAACCAGCUGUGGCUCCAUCACCGAUGCGGCUAGAAGCUUCUGAAUGGGCGCAUUUUCCUCGCCAGAUACUCCCCAAUGCUGUGAAAGAAAAUCCGUCUCGAAGAUGUGUGGUCUGCAAAGCACAGGGGAAGAGAAGUGAAAGCCGUUGGGAGUGUGAAAAAUGUAACGUCGCACUUCACAUGCCAGAGUGUUUUAAGAUGUAUCAUACGCGAAAGAAUUUCUAAUUCCGAAAAUGUGUGCGUGCUUUGAGAGCAAAAUAAAACCAUUUUUUUUACGC